AUGAUCGUUCUUGGGUGGAUCCGAAGUAAAGCUAGAGCCUACAAGCCGUUCGUGUCUGCCAUAGUGGGUGAAAUUCAGACAAAUUCCAACCCUUCUUGGUGGAGACAUGUACCCGGAGAGCAGAAUCCUGCUGAUGAUAUAUCCCGAGGCAUCCCUCCUGAGAAGCUAACAGAGAGAUCGGAGAAUGGACCAGAAUUUCUCUACUGGCAUGAGAAUAGAUGGCCAAGUACUGAGGAGACUCCUGAUAGCAGAGAGGUAGAGAAAGACAAGCGUAAAGUUCAUCAGGUGGCAUUAGCAGAGGUUCAGUCAGAACCCAUCGACUGCAAGAAGUUUUUUAGAUGGAGGAAACUUGUUAGAGUUACAGCUUAUGUUCAGAGAUUCGUCAGAAACUUGAAGGCGAGAUGUAACAAGGCACCAGAUACUGACAUUCAGCCCUCUGAUAGUAAGCAAAUCUCACCAUCAGAGCUAGAGAAUGCAGAGACUCUUUGGAUAAAGAGAGCACAGAGAGAACUACAUGAUAGAUACAAGAAAGGAGAGUUCAAAACUCUCAGUCCCUACAUCAAGGAGGGAAUCAUCAGAGUCGGCGGCAGGGUAGGAGAGAGAGUUGUUUCAUAUGGUGAAAGGCACCAAGUACUGCUACCACGUCAGCAUCACAUUUCGACACUCAUAGUUAGCUACUUUCACGAGCAAGGUCACGAAGGGGUAGCAAUCACGGCCGCAAAAGUGAGACAGAAAUACUGGAUUGUGGGAGUUCAGAGGAUCGCCAAGACUGUGAAGUACAAAUGUGUGGUGUGCAGGAAAUCAGAACAUAGAGUAGAAUCCCAGUUUAUGGCAGAUCUUCCUAGUCAUCGUCUAGCACCAUGCACACCGCCGUUCUACUAUACGUCUUGCGACUAUUUUGGACCUUACCAGGUUCGACUUGGUAGAAACAAAACAACAAAGCAUUACAGUGUGAUCUUCACGUGCUUGAAUACGAGGGCAGUGUAUCUAGAUGUCGCUGUCGACUGCUCAGCAUUGGAGUUCCUUCAAGUAUUUCGCAGAUUUGUAGCAGUCAGAGGUUACCCAGCAGUCAUCUACAGUGACAAUGGUACUCAGUUUGUGGGAGCUGAGAAGGAGCUUCGAGCUAUGGUACAAGGCUGGAGUGAAUCUCAGCUAAGAGAGUUUUAUGCCGAACGAGGAAUCCAGUGGAAGUUUGUGACACCAUCUGCACCACAUCAGAAUGGGUGCGUCGAAUCCCUAGUGAAGAGUUGCAAGAUAGCGCUACGCAAAGCAAUAGGAGAUCAGAUCCUUCGUCCCUUUGAGCUACUAAGUAGCUCAAAGGGACGAAGGAUCUGA